AGAGGGAGGGUAUAUGGAUCGUGGGCAGUGGGCAGGAGAGGCUGUGAUAACGACAGAUGUCUCACAAACCGUGGGUUUAACAGGAGGGGUGAAAGAAGAAAAAACGCCCAGUCGCAGAUUGGACCUCAGGGAGAGAGUAGGACUGGCUCAGACUGAAUCACAUUCACUACUACAGGAGAAAAGAAAGUACAUUCAACGCAUUCUUUCGCGCGGAGUUCAACAGAAUCAGAGAAACAGGUCAUCAUGGGAGGCAAGAUAAGCAAACGGAAGAAGGGAUAUGAUGUCAGUGACCCUAAAGAGAAGAAAGAGGAGAGUCCUGUGGCAGCAGUUGAACCAGCUGAGAAGAAGGCAGAGACCCCUGUGACUGAGGCAGUGGCUGCACCACAGGAGGCUGCUGCAGUAAGUGCCGCAGCGCCUGUGGUAGAGUCUGAAGCACUGGCUGAGAAGACUGCAUCUCCUUCAACAGCACAAGCAGAGGUGAAGAAGGAUGAUGCUGCACCAGAAAAACCAGUGGCUACAACAGAGGAAUCUACUGCUGCACCUAAAGAACCAGCAAGUGCUCCUGAGGAACCAGCAGCUGUAAAGCCUACAGCUGUGGCAGAGUCACAAGCAACAGAGGUAACAGCAUCUGCAUCAGAGGCAACAGCUGUAGAGACAACAGCUGCUACACAGGAGGUACCAGCAGCAGAGGUAUCAGCAGCUGCAGUAGAGACAUCAGCAGCUGCACCAGAGGUAUCAGCAUCUGCAGUAGAGACACCAACAACUGCGCCAGAGGCAUCAGCACCUAAGGAACCAGAAGCUAAGGAACCUGAAGCUGCACCAGAAGCAUCAGCAGCUGAGGAGUCUUCAGCUGCACCUAAGGAACCAGCAGCUGAGGAACCUACAGCUGCACCAGAGCAACCAGUGACAAAAGAACCUGCAGCUGCACCUGAGGAACCAGUGACAAAAGAACCUGCAGCUGCACCUGAGGAACCAGAAACUGCACCAGCAGCAGAGGAAUCUGCAGCUACACUCCAGGAACCAGCUGCUGUACCAGAGGCACCAGUGACAGAGAAACCUGUGGCUGCAACAGAAGAACCAGCUGCUGCCCCGAAGACGCCAGUUAAAGAGGAACCUCCAGCUAUACAUGAAGAACUUGAGGCUGAGCCAGCGGCACCAGUGGCAGAGGAACCUAUAACACUAUCUGAGAAACCAGCAGUUGUGGCCGAGCCACCUGCAGCUGCACCUGAGGAACAUGCAACUACCCCCAAGGCUGAGGAAUCUGCAGCUGCACUUGAGGAUUCUGCACCUGUGCCAGAGGAGCCUGUAUCAUCGCAUCAACUUGCAGCUUCACCAGUGGAACCUGUCACAGAGGAGGUAGUAGAGAAGGUGGUUGAGGAGGUUGCAAAUGCCAGUGAAUUGUCUGACAAAAUUACAGAAACCACAGUGGUCACGCCAGAACCAGAGACUGACACUGAGGCAGCAGCUCCACAGCCAGUCGCUGAGUCUAUCCCAGUGCCAGAACCUGUUUCCGAGGCAUUGAGUGUGGCAGAGGUUGAGAUGGCUGUGCCUUCCCCAGAAGAACCCACACCAGUCACAGAGCCUGAAUCUGAAACUGCUGCACCUCCUGAGGUCACACUAACAGAAGCAAAUCCUGAGCCACCCCCAGAGCCAACACAACCUGAACCUACGACAGAGCAAAAUAUUGCAGAGGAGUCCAUUCCCACUAUUGUCAUCUUAGAAUCAACCUCAACCAAUGAGCUCUGCCUUGAGGAAACUGCCCCGACUGUCACAGAUGAGAAGCUGAAUAAUGGAGACUGUGAGAGUGCUGGCUCAGCAGAGGAAUCUGUGUCAGCUCCCCCUAAGGUAAAUGGGGAAUGCCAUGAGCAGGCAUCAGACAUAGCCCCUUCGGAUGUCCUUGAGUCCCCGGUUGAGGCAUGUGUAAAUGGGGUGAAGGACAAAGAACCUCCUCAAGAGCUGAGUGACUGUGAAAUGAAAAAGGACUUGAGUUUAGCUGCUGACUUUCAGGUUCCAGCUCCGAUUGGCGACAUGGUAGAGGUGCCACAGUGAGUCGAUUUAAUCUGAGAAACAAACCUAAAAUGUGAAUCCCAUAUUGAUGCAAACAAACAAAUGAAACAAUCGUCUGACAGCACAGGCUUUCUGAAAAUAAAUGUGAAAAAUGCCUGUUGUGUUCUCUCAGGCAAAGGAAUUUCUGGUUAACCAAAAAGAAAUACAACCACCCAAGAGCUAAGAGUGCGAGAAACAAAAAAAGAAUGAAACAGUGAGGGUCAAAGCCUAAAAGAAAAUGGAAGGGAGGGAGAGAGAGUGAGAGAGAGAGAGAGAGAGAGAGAGAGAGAGCGGAUGGUCUUUGAAGUCUUUGUGGCCGGUGUCCUGCUGUCAUUGAAGAGGGCGAGCUUGCAGGCCUGGUUGAAUAUGUAAGCCAGGGAGAUGAUGAUUACAUAUGAACAGAAAAUAAAAAAUAAAAACAAGAUGGCAGAAUGGAAAUGCUGGACAGUAACAAUGGUAAAAAUGAAUUGAAUGAACAGAAUCAUCUUUUGUGUGUGAGCCUGAUGCAUAUUGUAAUGGUUUAUUGGAUUAGCAUUUAAUAGUAUAUAAUCUAAUUUAGACCACAUUUCUGUCACCAUUUAAUACAGAGAUUUGAGGAUGAAGCAUUUUGAAAUUUUCAUGUUGGGAGAAUCAGUGGGUAAUGUUCAUUUUAACUUAAUGGCUUGGCUUAGAAAAUAAAACACUCUGUUAUACCUUAAAAAUGUUUUUUUUUUUUUUUUUUUUUUCCUCUCUCUCUUCUUCUUCUUCUUUUUUCUUUUUUGCACUUUUGUGAAUGUUGUGCUGAAUGGUUGGAACCUGUAAUACUUAAAAGAGUAUUUCAAAUAAAUGUAUGAUGCAAUGUCA